AUGGCUGGGUGGAUGGGUGUGGACACAGAGAGGGGCACCAGGGCCAGGAAAGAGCAGCUCAGAUCUCCCGGGCCGGCCAAUACCCGCUCCGCUGGGCGCCCAGCACUCCUUUGGAAAGGCCGCCGGCGGCCCGCCCCGCGCGCCCAGCUGGUGGAUUGGGCCGGAACCGCGGGCGGGGCGGGGCCAGCGCGGCCCGAUUUGGGGCGGUGCGUGCAGCUAUGUGAGCCGACGCCGCGCGGCUCCGCCCCGAGCAUCCCGAGCCGACCCGACUGCGCCCGGCAGAGCCGCAGGGUGAGUGUCAUGGCCGCUUCCGAACAGCGCCAGCCCGGGGAGCUGCUGGCCAAGGCCCGGAGAGCCUUCCUGGAGGAGUUCGGGGCCGAGCCCGAGCUGGCCGUGUCGGCCCCGGGCCGCGUCAACCUCAUCGGGGAGCACACGGACUACAACGAGGGCCUGGUGCUGCCCAUGGCGCUGGAGCUUGGGACUGUGCUGGUGGGCAGCCCCCGGGCAGAUGGGCUUAUCUCCCUCCUUACCACCUCUGAGGAUGCCGACGAGCCCCGGCGGCUGCAGUUUCCCCUGCCCACAACCCAGCGGCCACUGGAGCCUGGGGCCCCCCACUGGGCCAACUACGUCAAGGGAGUGAUUCAGCACUACCCAGCUGCCCCCCUCCCUGGCUUCAGUGCAGUGGUGGUCAGCUCAGUGCCCCUGGGGGGUGGGCUGUCCAGCUCAGCAUCCCUGGAAGUGGCCACGUAUACCUUCCUGCAGCAGCUCUGCCCAGACUCGGGGACAAUAGCCGCCCGGGCCCAGGUGUGUCAGCGGGCUGAGCACAGCUUCGCAGGGGUGCCCUGUGGCAUCAUGGACCAGCUCAUCGCACUGCUGGGGCAGAAAGGCCACGCGCUGCUCAUUGACUGCAGGUCCCUGGAGACAAGCCUGGUGCCGUUGUUGGAUCCCAAGGUGGCUGUGCUCAUCACCAACUCCAACGUCCGCCACUCACUGGGCUCCAGCGAGUAUCCCCUGCGGCGGCGCCAGUGUGAAGAAGUGGCCCGGGCGCUGGGCAAGGAGAGCCUUCGUGAGGUGCAGCUGGAGGAGCUGGAGGCUGGCAGGGAGCUGAUGAGCGGGGAGGCCUUCCGGCGGGCGCGGCACGUGGUGGGCGAGAUCCAGCGCACGGCCCAGGCAGCAGCCGCCCUGAGCCGCGGCGACUACAGAGCCUUCGGCCGCCUCAUGGUGGAAAGUCACCACUCGCUCAGGGAUGACUACGAGGUGAGCUGCCCCGAGCUGGAUCAGCUGGUGGAGGCCGCGCUCUCCGCGCCCGGGGUUUAUGGCAGCCGCAUGACAGGCGGUGGCUUUGGUGGCUGCACGGUGACCCUGCUGGAGGCCUCCGCCGCUUCCCUAGUGAUGCAGCACAUCCAGGGGCAGUACAGCGGGACCGCCACCUUCUACCUCUCCCAGGCAGCCGACGGCGCCCAGGUGCUGCGCUUGUGAGGCCCUCCCAGGCCGGCUCACGGCAGGCCUGCCCUCCAGCCUGGGUGCACAAUAAACUUGUAUUACCUCCGGCUCUGA